AUAAAUUUGAAUAAAUAAAACCUAACAAUUGCCUGAGAGAUCGGUACUUCAGCAUAUGGGAUUUUCCGGAAACAGGUAAAAAAGAUGCAUUAGAAGAAAUAUGGUGCUGUAAUAUGCGGAAGAGCAGCACCAGGGUAUUCGGCAAAUUUCGUUAAUUAUUUUAUUUCCAAAUUUAUGCUGGAUCUUCGUUAUGGCUAUGAUUCUCAGAAAUUCUUCCUCCAAAGUUGGAUAUUUCCGUCUACGGGCAGUAUAUGCAACCUCAAUCCCAAAACGAGAUGAGUUAUUUGGAACCCAAGGGGGAAAUGGCAAGGAUCGGCCUACAGCCUUCACGGCGGGCAGGAGUUUCGAUCUGCAGACCUCCUCUGCGGCAGGGAUGAAUUCAACCCUUUUCGGUCCAUUUUACAAGGGUUUUGGAGGAGGCCGCGUACGGACAGUUGCUUCUGCUUCCGCUUCUGCCGCGCUGGAGGAAAGCUCUACGAAGGCCAGGGGUUUGUUUGAGGCCGUGCAGCACUAUGGACAGUGUUAUUGGGAGCUAUCCAAAGCGCAUUUAAGCAUGCUUGUGGUGGCAACUACUGGGGCAGGCUUUGUACUUGGUAGUGGUGCAAGUAUUGACUUGGCUGGACUUUGCUGGACCUGUACUGGGACAAUGAUGGUUGCUGCUUCUGCGAAUUCUUUCAAUCAGAUUUUUGAAGUAAGCAAUGAUGCCAAGAUGAAACGUACAAUGAGACGACCUUUACCUGGAGGAAGAAUAAGCAUACCUAAUGCAAUGACAUGGGCUGUGACCAUGGGUGCUACAGGCAGUGCUUUGUUAUUAUGCAAGGCUAAUGCUCUUGCAGCAGGGUUUGCAGCUUCAAAUCUGUUCUUGUAUGCACUUGUUUAUACUCCACUGAAGCAAAUUCAUCCAAUAAAUACAUGGGUUGGAGCAGUUGUAGGUGCAAUUCCUCCGUUAAUUGGGUGGGUGGCAGCCUCAGGACAAAUUACGUUGGGAGGACUGGUCCUUCCAGCAGCUCUUUAUUUUUGGCAAAUUCCACAUUUCAUGGCAAUUGCAUAUCUGUGCCGGAAUGAUUAUGCUACCGGGGGUUUCAAAAUGCUCUCCCUUUUGGAUGUCAGUGGGGCAAGGACAUCACUUGCAGCUCUUCGAAAUUGCGUCUACCUCCUUCCUGUGGGGUUUCUGGCAUAUGACUGGGGUAUCACAUCUGCAUGGUUUGGGCUAGAGACAGUGCUGCUAACUUCUGGAAUGGGUGUCACAGCAGUGCUAUUUUACUUAAAUCGAAAUACAAAAAAUGCUCGCAGACUCUUCCAUGCUAGUCUUUUGUAUCUUCCAAUACUAAUGGUUGGAAUGCUUUUUCAUCGUUUGCCCAAUUCACAGUUUGAUAGGUCUACAAAUGAUCUAGUUGAAAGAGAAAGGAUCAACAUGGCCUUUGGAAGUGUUGAAUUGCCUGACAAUGAAGAAAGCAAAGACAGGUAUAAGUUGAGAAAACAACCUAUUAGUAACCAAUUACGACCUCCUGUUUCUUAUGCUUCUGUGGCGCCAUUUCCUUUUUUACCUGUACCUACAUUUGCUUCAGAUAAGUGAUCUAUGGCUCCAUAUAGGGUGUCCAUGAAAAAAGAGUGUAAUUUCUGUAAUGAGUUUAAUAACGAAAACAUGCUAUUUACAGGGGAAAUCCAAAAUUUUUCUCAUAAGAGUUUUGACUCAUUUGUAUAUUGUUUUCAAAUACAAUUUCUAGUACAUAAAGCCAAAGAGGCAGCACAAAAUGAUUUCUUGACUUUUGUGGAUCUGUUAAUCUCUCAUAGGAACUGAUAAAUGGGCAAUAAGUGUACUUGGAAAGGUUCAAUGUUAAAAAGUUUUUUCCAUUUA